GAUAGUUCCAGGAAGUUAUAUUUUCUCUUCAUAUGCUUUAUUUCUAUCGGUUUUUAUUCAUGUAACGGCUUUCUUCUUUAAAUUGGUUAGAAGUUCACCUCAGUUGGUCUGUUUAGUCGCUAUUGUGAACCUCCGUGAACCGCCAUUACUGUGAAAAAAUGGAUAAUUGGAGUCAAUCGGACGCAACUCUCACUCUCAAGGGCUCUGGGAAGAAGGUCCUUUUGACCAAUGAGAUGCCUUUUCGGCACGCCCCUUCCUUACGGCACGCCCAUCCCUGCGACCUGCAUAUACCCCUGCUUGGAUUUUCCAACCACAGCGCGUAGGCCAACCACAGCGCAGCUCUGACUGCAUGACGUGCGUCAACGACGACACGCCCACCAGACCCGGAAGUGCAGCGGAGUUGUUUUGAUGUCAUCAACUCAAAUUGCGGUGUUGUCGCUUCCAGAUUAUUUUCUAAAUCACUAGGUUUGGGUGCCUCGUGUGAUCGAAAUCGGUUUUGAAUCACUUUAUUUCGGGAAAAGUCGUGGAUAAGUUUACGUAACUGGAAUAACUGAAGAUAGCGCAAUGAGAAGCUGCUCGUGAUGAGGAAUGGACUAAACGUAUGACAGUUAAACUGAAAUUGUUUGGACUUUAAAUAUAAUCAUGGACUGUACGGCUCUGGAACACGAUGCUAUCAAAUUUGCCAAACUGGCUGUACAGCACGAUCAGAAGGGCAAAUACAAUGAAGCUGUUUUCUACUAUAAGGAGGCUGCCCAGGCUCUCAUCUAUGCAGGUAUGGCUGGAUCCAAACUAGAAAACAUUCAGGACAAAGUGAACGAGUACAUGGAAAGAGUACAGACUCUCCUCAAUGCCGUUCAAGCACAAAGCUGUGAUCCUCUGAAGAGCAAACAUCAGUUGGAUCUGGAGAGGGCGUAUUUUCUGGUCACGCAGGCGUUUGAAGAGGACGAGAAGGAAAACGCAGAUGAAGCUAUUGAGCUCUAUACUCAGGCUGUGGAGUUGUGCAUUCAAACGUCCAAUGAGACAUCAGAUCAAGCGCUGCAGGGGAAACUGAAGCAACUCGCUCGACAGGCACUGGACAGGGCAGAGGGACUGAAAGACUCUCUCAGUAAACCCGUGAACCAAGACAAGCCAACACCCAAAGCCCCUGCUCAGGUGAGGCAGUUCCUGCCGCUGGGACAAGACUUUUCCCUCCACGACAGAGCUCAGCCGGUUCGAGCCGUGCAGUCGUGCGAGCCGCAGGGUCAACGCUACACAGCGGAGGAAAUCGAGGUGCUCAGGAAGACAUCCAAGAUAAAUGGAAUAGAGUAUGUACCAUUCAUGAGUGUCGACCUGAGGGAACGUUUCGCUUUUCCUGUCCCCUUCUCGGACAAAUGUGGAAAACUGGCUCUGUCGCCGAAGCAGAAAGCUAUCUUCUCACGCUGGGUUCGACCCGAUGACAUCUGCAAUAACCCCAUCAUGAUCUACACAGUGUCCAGCUUCAGUAUCAAACAGACGGUUGUGUCAGACUGUUCCUUUGUGGCUUCAUUGGCCAUCAGUGCAGCUUAUGAGAGACGCUACAACAAAAAGUUAAUCACAAGCAUCAUCUUCCCCCAAAACAGGAAAGGAGAGCCCGAGUACAACCCCUGUGGAAAGUACAUGGUGAAGUUACACAUCAAUGGAGUCCCGAGGAAGGUGAUCAUCGAUGACUUCCUCCCGGUGGAUCGCAACGGCGAGCUGCUUUGCUCGUACUCCAGUAAUCGAAAUGAGCUGUGGGUGUCACUCAUCGAGAAGGCCUACAUGAAGGUCAUGGGAGGAUACGACUUCCCUGGCUCUAACUCUAAUAUCGAUUUGCACGCACUUACCGGCUGGAUCCCAGAACGUAUCGCUAUGCACUCAGACAAUCAGUCUUUUAACAAAGAUGACACUUUCCGCAUGCUUUACCAGAGGUUUCACAGAGGAGACGUUCUCAUCACCACGGCGACAGGGGUCAUGACCGAGGAGGAGGGGGAACGGUGGGGUUUGGUGCCAACUCAUGCUUACGCUGUCCUGGACAUCAGGGAGUACAAGGGUAAACGCUUCCUCCAGCUGAAGAACCCAUGGAGUCAUCUCAGGUGGAAAGGAAGAUACAGCGAACGCGACGAAAAGAACUGGACACCAGAUCUUCUCAAAUACCUCAAUUUCGACCCCAAAACGGCACAGAAGUUUGAUAACGGGGUGUUUUGGAUCAUCUGGGAAGAUCUGUGCCAGUAUUAUGACGUCAUCUACCUUAGCUGGAAUCCUGCGCUUUUUAAAGAGUCGUCCUGUAUACACAGUAGUUGGGAUGGGAAACAGGGUCCGGUGAAGGACGUCUACAGCUUGGCUAAUAACCCUCAGUAUAAACUGGAGGUGAAUUGUCCUCAAGGGGGCGCUGCAGUAUGGGUGUUGCUCACCAGACACAUCACUGACAAGGACGACUUUGCUCAAAAUCGGGAGUUUAUUACAUUAGUAGUUUACAAGUCGGAUGGAAAGAAAGUCUAUUAUCCAGCUGACCCUCCUCCUUUCAUUGAUGGCAUCAGAAUCAACAGCCCUCAUUAUCUGACCAAGAUUAAACUGACUAGCCCAGGGACCUUUACCCUGGUGGUGUCCCAGUAUGAGAAACAAAACACCAUCAACUACACACUAAGGGUCUACUCGGUGUGCAAGUUUAACUUCUCGAAAAUCCCCACACCUUACACCCACACCAAAAGAAUUAAUGGCCAGUGGAAGGGUGCCAGUGCAGGUGGCUGUGGGAACUAUAAAGAUACCUACAAAAACAACCCCAUAUACCAGUUUAACCUUGAGAAAGCAGGGCCUCUGCUCAUCGAACUCCGUGGAUCAAGGCAGUACAGUGUGGGCUUUGAAGUGGUGACAGUAUCUACAGUUGGGGAUUCAGGCUCUUCCAGCUCUCAAAAGAGAGCCAGCGGGGAUUACCGAUGUGGUUUCUGUUAUAUGGACGCCGAGCACUUGCCUGCCGGAAUUUACAAUGUGAUCCCCACCACCUUCCUGCCCAAACAGGAAGGUCCGUUCUUCCUCGACUUGAGCAGCACUGCUCCAAUGCGGGUAUCUCAGCUGCAAUAAGGACAUGUAGUCCACGUCUAGAUGUAUGCAGCCCACAAAAUCUUUCUGCGGACACGACCCUUGCCAUGAGAUGGCGCUCGUCGCUGACACGCAAGAAGCCCCACCCACAUGUAGUACCUGAAGUAGCGCCACAUUUGUCAUGUUUGUUGUGAUGGAUGGCAUAUAACAGCUGAAACUUGUGCCGUGUGGUGCUCAGAGGGAUGGGUUUAUUAAGAGUCGUGGUCACAAAUUACAAUCAUGAAGGAUGCGUGUACACUUGACCUGAAAGACCGUUUAACUCAGGAGACUGGAAUAAAACAGGGGUUGUAUGUUGUUGUGUAUUAAAUAUGUCUGUUUACUAAUCGUAGAAUUGAUCAGAGGGUUCUGCUGUGUACACAAAUAUUUAAGGGCUCUUCCUUUAGUCUGAUCGGCAAUGUCCAGAUAGCUUUAAGUUGCAGGGCUUCUUUUCAGGAGAUACAUAAUCAGUCAAAUUGCCAAAUUAUUUUUGCUUUCCAGAGCUAUUUAAACGCUUCACACAACAAUAUGCGAAUGCACAAAUGUUUGCUUCACUAUACCAGCAGAGUACUGUACGUUUACAAAUUAUGACAUGAACUGAAUGUUUUAUAUGAUUAAUGGAUGUUAUUGUUGAAGUUCCUGUUUGAGGACUGUGCCGUUCUUCUUAUGUUCCAAAAGUAUUUAUUUGCUGAGAUUAAAACAUAAGCGCGCGUCUCAUAACAGAUGUUUAACA